CUUCACCUUGUCGCACAGCUUCCGGAAAAGAAACCCAAAUGUAGACUGUGGAAUGUGUAGCGUUUUAAGCGAAUUUCCAUGAAACCACACGAAUUUUUUAACUUAUCUUUCAUCAAAAUAUGACUAGUCAAAGUGAGUUAACAAAAUUAAGUGAUGAGAGUUUGGCCCGGCCACCCGAUGAGGUUUUUGAUAUAAUUUGUAAAAUAGGAAGAGGUGACCCCCUAAAGCGACUCCCAGAGGACGACCUUACAAGGUCACCAGAAGAAGUUUUUGAUAUUCUAGGCAAAUUAGGAGAAGGAUCCUAUGGCAGUGUUUAUAAGGCUCUCCACAAGGAGUCCGGCCAGGUGCUGGCCAUUAAACAGGUCCCGGUGGACACCGACCUACAGGAGAUCAUCAAAGAAAUCUCCAUCAUGCAGCAAUGUGACAGCGUCUUCAUAGUCAAGUAUUACGGCAGUUACUUCAAAAACACAGACCUAUGGAUUGUGAUGGAAUAUUGUGGUGCUGGAUCUGUAUCAGAUAUUAUGAGAUUACGCAAUAAAACAUUAACUGAGGAUGAGAUAGCAACAAUACUCUAUGAUGCUUUGAGGGGUUUGGAGUAUUUACAUUCCAGGAGAAAAAUCCACAGGGACAUCAAGGCAGGGAACAUCCUACUGAACACAGAGGGCCACGCUAAACUGGCCGACUUUGGAGUGGCUGGACAGCUUACAGACACCAUGGCCAAAAGGAAUACUGUGAUAGGAACACCCUACUGGAUGGCUCCAGAGGUGAUCCAAGAAAUCGGCUAUGACUGUGUGGCUGACAUCUGGAGUUUAGGGAUAACAGCACUGGAGAUGGCCGAGGGUAAACCACCUUACGGGGACAUUCAUCCAAUGAGGGCAAUAUUCAUGAUUCCCACAAAACCUCCACCAUCAUUCAGAAACCCAGAUAAAUGGUCUCCCGAGUUUAUAGACUUUGUCUCAAAGUGUCUCGUCAAAAAUCCAGAGCAAAGAGUUUCAGCAGCUGAGCUUAUGCAGCAUGAGUUUAUCAAAAACGCAAAACCUCGUGAAGAUCUGCUCAGAAUGAUCAACGACGCCAAAGAAAUCCAGGCAGCUCAAAACAGCAUCAUCACCAACGGCGAUGACUCGGAUGGGGAAGAUGAUGUUGACCGAGGAUCAACGAUGAAGAAAACUGACGACUCAACCAUGAAAUCUACUUCAGAUACUCUUGUGAAAAGUGAGAGUGGAACGGUUGUUGUAAACAGUGAAGCCAGCACGAUGGUGGAGUCUGAUCUGGGUACACUCGUAAUUAACGAGGACUCCGAGGAUGAUUCAACCAUGAAACGAUGUGACACAGUGGUGAAAAAGCCGCCCGACUCGGGCUACAAAAGCAGCAGCAGUAGUAGUAGUAGCAGGCAUGACACAGCUAAUGAUGGCAAAGACAAAUACAGACCCUCCUUUCUCGAUCAUUUUGAGAAGAAGGAACAGGACAAGGUUGCCCCCCCUCGGGCCCAGCCCCACGUGACCCCGCCCCUCAAACACGUCACGCCGCCGCACCAUUCCCAAAGGUCUUUCAUUGAUGGAGAUUUUGAUUUCCUAAGAAAUCUUCCGUACGAGGAACUUGAAUCCAGAUUGUCUGACCUUGACCCAGAAAUGGAGAGAGAAAUUGACGAAUUACGAGCGCGCUACCAGGCAAAGAGACAGCCCAUCUUAGAUGCCAUCGAUGCAAAAAAGAAAAGGCAGAAUAAUUUCUAAGAUCUACUCAGGAAUUCUUUCCUGUGUUUUUAAACUGUGAUGUAUGAAGAGAAUGGAUUUCUUGAAAAUUUAAGCCUCAUUGUAGUAGAUGGUGCUGAAAAUUGUUUGGGGAAUUGUGAUAAUAUUUUUAAUAAUGAGUUUUUGUUAAAUCAUGUUUCAGUUUGGUGUAGAAAAAUCUUAAGUGAGAUAAUUUUCUUUAUCAUUGCAGCUGAUUUUUUUUCUCCUGUGUUACAAUUUUCAUUCAAGAUCAUUUGUUUGAAAUUGUAUUUGACUAUGUAUACAUUUUGAGUAUAUUGCUAAACAGUUUAUAUUUGAAUGUCUCAGCCAUUGACGAGGCUGUUUGAAGAUUUGGUUUGAGGUUUGGUUUUUGUCUUCAGCUGUUACAAAUCAGUAGUGCUUCCUCCUUGUUUAUUUUCUGAGAAGUUUUAUCCAGUACUUAAAUCGUUACUGGUAAUCAAUAUGUUGCUCACAUCUAUCAGAACAAAACUGAACUUUUAUUAUUACAUUUAUAUUAUUCAAAAGGCAAACAGUUUGUCUACAUACAUUCUAAUAAUUGAACUUUGGUAAAUGGUCUUUUUAAGCAUCUAAAGAGUAAUUUCUUGAAAAUAUCAGAGUUUGGUUAAAGGGAGAUAAGUUUUAUAAACUUGUAAUUGUUUUUUGUAAGCCCACCAGCUUUAAAGCUUGUGAAUAUUUUUUAAAUAGUUAAAGGUGAAUUUGUACUUUAUUUAACCAUUUAAGUGUGUGGAUUUGUACUAGCUUAUUAUGAACUCUGUAUACUGUUAACAAGUGUGUUGCUGAUUCUCAGAUAUAUUUUACAAAUCAUCCAGAUCAUCAAUACACCGUGGAAAAUCAUUUAUCUCAUCAAAUACAUUAUCAUUGCUGGUGGAAUUGAAACAGAUGUUUUAGUAUAUUUCCAUUGAAGUAACAAUUCAGUGGACUGAUUUUCAUUAGAAUUUUAUUGGAUGUGGUUCUCACAACCAUUGUUAUGCCCCCUUUCGAAGAAGGGAGGGCAUAUUGCUUU